AUGAAAAGGCUCAGGAUAUUUAUAAAUCGGAAUGCAUGUUUUUCAAGAGAGCCUAAUUAUUUCUCCAAUGAAUUAAGAGUAUUUGAUUGGCGUAGUUAUCCUGGUUAUUCUUUCCCACAAAACCUUAAUGGAGAGAAACUCAUCGUUUUAAAAAUGUAUGAAAGCUUGUUCAAAGAAUUGGGAGACGGAUUGAAGAGUUUCCAGAAUUUGAAAAUUAUGAGAUUCUCUAAAUGUAAAUUCUUAACAAAGAUUCCUGAUAUGUCGGGACUCCAGACUCUAGAGGAUUUGAACAUUGAGUAUUGCAAUAACUUGGUUGAGGUACAUCAAUCUAUUGGCUUCCUUGAUAAACUCGUCAAAUUGUCAAUUGUCAAUUGCCACUGCCUUACUAGAUUUCCAAAAUCACUCAAGUUGAGAUCUCUAAAACACCUCCGUCUUUCUUGUUGCAAAAGGCUGGAGAAGUUUCCUGAAAUUGACAGUGAAAUGAAACGUUUGACAUUUGUUUCACUAGAGGACAUGACUGCUAUAGAAGAAUUGCCUUCAUCUAUUGGGAAUCUUACUAGCCUUGAGUAUUUAGUUAUAAACGGAUGCUACAAACUAAGCUGGCAUCUCCUUAACAGCAUUUCUCAGUUGCAACAUCCAUGUGGGCUCAGUUUCAGUUGUUGGUCACAUGAAACGCAAAGUCCCUUUAUACCCUCCUCAAUAUAUAUAGCGUUUCCAGACCUAGAAUCUUUGUCUCUUUCCACACGGACACAAUAAAAAAUAGAUCAUUUUAGUCUGUCAAUUGGCCGCUAUUCCACAUUGAAAACUUUAAAUAUAUGUGAAAGCAAUAAUGUUAUCCUUCCUAAGUGGAUCAAAAUAUUUGUUCGAUUACGGGAGCUUGAGUUGUCAUAUUGCGAACAACUUAAAGAAAUCUCAUAACUUCCUCCAAAAAUAGAAAUCCUAGAUGCUCGUGGAUGCAGGUCAUUGGAGAUUUUUCCUGAGGUAUCAAAGAAGUUUGAAUUCAAUACAAGCAGCUUACGUAACCUAAGUUUGGUUAACUUGAGUGGAUGCCAUAAAAUGGUUAUAAAUCCUAUACGGUUUCAGGUCUCUCUCUCUCUCUCUCUCUCUCCCUCGUAGUACUGUGUACCUUAAUUGUCUACUA